UUCAUUUCAUUACCAAAGACAUGUCCAAUGUGCUUGGGACCAGCAUCCAUCACUGCCAGCAUCUUUUCCAGACAGAAUGAGCAUGUUUAGAAGGUAGACCAUUAUUUAAUUUGUGAAGAUUCGAUAGUAAGUUAUUUUUGUCAUUUCUUCUAGCUUACUUACAAGGUGAAUUAAUGAGCAUUCUCUCCAAAUGAAGACAUCACAACCUCAUUCCUAACAUAGAAAGUUGUUUAUUUCAAAUAUAGUUUCAGUGGGUAAAUCGGGAGGCUCCUUCCUUCAACAGAGAACACAUCCAGGAGAAAGAGAGAUGCCUGAGUAAACACAGGCUCAUCCCCAGUCCGAGUCAACUCUGCCAACAGCCCCACAACAGACUCAUCAACUUGGCAGGCUAAACAUGCCACUUUUUGGCUGGAUGAAAUGGUCAAAAAGUGAUUCCUACAAACCCACACACUAUGCCGGCUCAGAUGUAGUGACAAAGACUUUGCUUCGGGAACUAAAAUGGCAUCUAAAGGAGCGAGAGAGAUUAAUACAAGAAAUCGAAAAUGAACAAAAAGUAAGAAAAACAGGUGUGGAUUACAACUGGCUGAGAAACUACCAGAAUCCCCACACAACUAUUCCAGCUACUGAACAAAGACAACUUGAAAUUCUUUGCUCACAAGUUCAACCUUUCCAAACUGGAACCAUUCUCAGCAGAUUUCGAGAAGUUUUGGCUGAAAAUGAUGUACUGCCAUGGGAAAUAGUCUACAUCUUCAAGCAAGUUCUGAGAGACUUCCUCAGCAGCCUGGACAGCGGGAGUCAUGGAGAGAGCCUGCAGGAGAGCCAGGAACCGGGCUGUCACCCUCCCUCUGUACUCCCAGGUGACCAUGCCCAAAGUUCAGGAAAAGAUGAAAUACCCACCAUUUCUAGUUAUGUCGACAAAAACACACAAAACAGGUUCCCAUCAUGCUCACACAGAAUAUGGAACCUACCAUAUUAUUAUCCAUCAAGUUAGCAAGGCAUCUGUAACCAGCAAUUUUUAUGACCACCUUAGAAGUAGAGCUCUUAUUACAAAUACAAAAAAAUGUGGCUUCAAUUUUGUUGUAUGGAUGUACCCUGUUUUAAACAGUAGUCUUUUCAUAACCAUUCUAAAUACGCAAUGUUGGGCCAGGGAUUUAGCUCAGUGGUUCCACCCCCUGCCUCACAAGCGCAAAG